CAUUAUCAUUACAUCUAGCUUAAUUUCUUUUCUACCAGUUCAACCGAUCAAUGGCAGAACCAAUCGUCUCAAUCAUUGUUGGGAAUACCAUUCAACGGUUGAGCUCUGAAGCUGUGAAAAAAAUUGGAUCACUGUGGGGAGUAAAUAAGGAGCUUGCAGAACUCGAAAAAACAAUUUUAAGCCUCAAAGCGCUGGUUGUUGAUGCGGAGAGGAAGCUGCAGGCUGUCGGUGACAAUGACAACAAUCAAGUUCGAAGGUGGCUGAAGAGGCUUGAAGAUGCUGUUGUUGAUGCUUAUGACUUGAUGGACGAAUUCUCCUCCUAUGAGGCUCAACGGCAAAUGGGGAUCAUGGCUGAUAGUGAAGAGGUGGCAAAGAAGGUAUGUACUACUUUCUUCUCAACCUCAAAUAACGUAUUGCUUGCUGGCUUUCGUCGUCUAAAAAUCAAAAGUAUGCAUGAUAGACUAGUUAAGAUUAUAGAUGAUAGAAAAUUCCAUUUGGAGGAGAAUUGUACAAUCAAUGUCAAUCCUUCCGACGGCAAGGACAGAGAAAAAAUGGCAAACAUAGAAUGUCUAUUGGAUGCCAAAAUUAAAGAAGAAAAAAUGGCAAUCAUAGAAUGUCUAUUGGAUGCCAAAAUUAAUGAAGAAAAUAAUGUAACAGUAUUUCCAAUAUUUCGUGACUGGGUGUAUGAAGGUGCACUUGCUAGCAAAGUGUUUCACGAUGAGACGGUCAAAAAUCAUUUUGAUUUGAGAAUGUGGGUCGAUCACCCCGAUUUUAUUUUCAAUGAGAGAGAACUUAUUGUAGCAAUAUUAAAAUCUGCAACUGACAAAGAUUAUGAUGCAAACAAAGAGAUGGAUGAAUUGCGCAAGGAACUUUGUGAAAUAAUAAAGGGAAAAUGUUAUCUCCUUGUACUCAACGGUAUAGAUAUCGAGAGCACUAAAACAGGCCAAAAUUUGGAAUCUUUAUUGUUAGCCGAUUGUGCAAAUGGGAGUAAAAUAAUAGUAACUUCUAUGGAGGUGGACAACAUUGUAGAUUUUGUGAGCGCAGUGGGACCGUAUAUUUUUAAGGAAUCAUUAGAUGAAGAAAAAUCUUGGGAUCUAUUUAAAAAUGUGGUUUUUAAGAAUAAUGAACAGGAGAAGGUAAUGAAUAUCAAUAAUCCCAAAAUUGAGGAAAUUGGAAAAAGCAUUGUUGCGAGGUGUGGAGGGAAUCCUUUUACUAUAAGGACAAUUGGGAGGAUGUUGUUGUUGGAUAUGGAUUCUGAGAAUAAUAAUAAUCCUUCAGAAUCAAAAUAUUGGGAAAAGUUCUCCACCCUCCGGGAAAAUUUUUCAAAAAUCUCUCAACAACACAUUAAUGCGUUACUAGUGCUAAAACUUGGUUGUUAUGAUACUCUCCCAUUGCGUUUGAAACGUUGCUUUCUCUACUGUUGUAGAUUAUUCCCAAAAGGAUUUGUAUUUGAUGCUAAAACCUUAAUAAAUCUUUGGGUGCCAGUGGCGCAAGGGUUUAUUCAUUCUGAUCCAUCAGAAGAAAGAUCUAUGGAGGAUUUGUGUUUUAAGUGCGUUAACGAUUUAUUUGAGAGUUCCUUCUUUGAAGAUUGUAACUUUUAUUACAUGUCCGAACCACUUGAAGAUAAUAAGUUCAAAAUAUCAAACUUUAUGCACGACCUUGGAACUCUUGUAUCUGCAAAAGGAAAAAUGUUCGCGACACUGAAUAAUGAAUUUGAUGAUGGACAUCAAAUUGAUAGAAGAUCUACUCGAUAUGUCUCGUUUGACUUAGAUCAUCAAGAAUCAUCAUCGAAAAUUCAAAAUUCAGUAGGGUUGUUUCAAGCAAACAGAAUUCAAGCAUUAUUUAAUAUUUCGCCUAAUAAUCAGUUGAGCAGGCAAACUCGUGAAGAGGGACUAAGUCAGUCAGUUUAUGGCAAGAUUAUCUCAAACUGUAAAUUGUUACGUGUGUUGGAUUUGCAUAAUUCAGGGAUGGAAAUGGUGCCAAAUUCUAUUGGUAAGUUGAAGCAUCUAAGAUAUCUAGAUAUUUCUGGAAAUCCAGAUAUCAGGGCAUUGCCCAAUUCAAUUUCAAUGCUACAUUGUUUGGUAUGGUUGAAACUGUCCUCAUGUCAUGGACUCAAAGAAUUGCCAAGAGAUAUUAAGAAAUUGAUCAGCCUCAAACAUCUUGAGAUUGAGUGGUGCUACAGUUUGACUCAUUUGCCUUCUGGACUGGGUCAGCUAACUCAACUCGAGACAUUAUCAGAAUUUGUCUUAUCGAAUGAGAAGGGCAAUAUUUGGAAUUCGUGUUCGCUAAAAGAAUUGGCGAAGCUGAACAAUUUGAGAGGAGAGCUAAAAAUUACAAAUUUGGGAAAUUCAGAAGAUUAUUCUGAAAAAAUAUUGGAGGGGAAAAAGCAUCUUAGAUCCUUAACUCUAUCUUGGGAUUUCAGUACGAAGUUGGUCAACAAUGCAAGUAUUGCAGCCGAAAAUCAAUUGGAAUGGCUGAAGCCACACCAAAAUAUUGAACAAUUAACUUUAGUGGGCUACGAGGGUAUCAGGUUCUGUGAUUGGCUAUCUUCUCUAAAUAAUUUGGUUAAGUUUUCAUUAAGGAAAUGUAAUUGCAAACAUCUAUCUCCCCUAAGUCAGCUCCCAUAUCUUAGAGUAUUAAUGCUGGACCAGAUGAGUAAUUUGGAGUAUAUCAUCUCCAAUGACGUCGUCUAUAGAGAAGAUCUAUUUGAAUUCCUGGAAGAAAUUAGGCUUAUGGGAUUGCCUAAUCUAGAGCGGUGGUGGCAAGAACAACAUCCUACUACUACAUCAUCAUCACAGCCUGCAUCAUUUCGCAUUCUUGAGAGAUUGGUAAUUGAAGAUUGCCCCAAGUUGUGUUCCAUGCCGCUUUACUUCAACUUGGAAGAUUAUCUAGUGUUGGAUAAUACCAGCUUCGACACAUUCCGACAAACAAUCAACCAGUCUUGGCUUGAUUAUUUCCCACUCUUCGCUUUGAGAAGUCUGUGUAUCAUUGGGAUUAAGAAGCUUGACAUUACCCAGUGUGAUAAAAUCAGGUGGGACCGCCUUGCAAAACUAAGGUUUCUGAGAUUGGAUUAUCUACCAAAACUAGACAAGCUCCCCGACGGCCUUCAACAUCUUACCUUCCUCGAACGACUCCAUAUUUGGCGCUGCAUUAUCAACACUCUUCCAGAAUGGAUAGGGAAUUUCACGUAUCUUCGAACGCUCGGAAUUUCAGUCUGUAUUCAUUUGAAGUCACUGCCUCAAUCACUAGCAAGCCUCAGCAAUUUGGAGACACUGGAGAUUGUGGAUUGUCCCAUCUUAUUCCAAAGAUGCCAAAAAGAAAUCGGUGAAGAUUGGAAGAAGAUCCAACACAUUCCAAAUCUGAAAAUCCACCAACCUCAAUCUUCUUUCUCGCCUCGAUUAUAAAUUUUAAUUAUACGCUUCAGCAACGGUCUACCAUGACACCAUUAUCAGAGGGCAGAGAUCCACAUGGAGAUGGACAUUAUGAAAAACAGAGAAGAACCUGUUGAACAAAAAACUAAACAAAGUAGAUGACCUAAAGAAUUCAACCAUAUUUUCAUAGUCCUUUGGCGCUGCAAAAGUGCAAGAAGUCAACCAGAGUCAGCCAAACCAAGCUGCAGUGUGCAUGGCUUUUAGUUUUACAAGGUGUAGAUUCAAGGAAUGUCGGAGAAUUGUUUUGUGGUCUUGAGGCCAUCAGCGAGCUCAAUAGCGCCGUACGUGGGGCAUACAUUUGGAUCCAACUUUUUCUAGUCUCAUACCGCCUGCACCAAAUGGCAUGUUUGUGGAAUCAAGCAAGGAUGGCCAUUUUGCUUUUGUUAUUGAGUCUGGCUGUUUUCACUGAUAGACAAGUUGAUUUCCAUGCUUUCCAACUAAGCCUACUCACUUUGCUUCACCAAUGAUCUACCAUACACGAUUAUCAAAGGCAGAUAUCCACAUGAUCACCCUCCUGACAUUAAAGGGCCUUGAUUUUGGUUCUAAACUGGAGCUUCAAGAGACGAUCAAUCUGCAAAUGGAGUUGAUUUGGUAGCUGCAUAUAUUAUAUAGUGCUGCAUCAAGCUACAAUCAAUCAAUUUGAACAGAGGUAUGUCAAACCAAAGAAGCGUAUUGUGAGUUGAUCUCUAUUCAAAUACUAUUUCAGAAAAGGCACACAUAAUCCUAUAGAGGUUAUCAACUCAUUCAAGAGUCUACCAAAUCAAGUAGCAAUGUGCAUGGCUUGUACGUAUGUAUAGAUCAAGGAAUAUUGAAGAAUGGUUUUGAGGUCUUGAGGUCAUCAGAGAGCUUAGCAGUGCCAAAAAUGCGGUGUAUAUUUGGAUCCAAUUAGCUUGCUCUUAUGUUGCACUCCCUGCACCAAAUGACGUGAUGAACUUUGUUGAAUCAAGAUUACUGGGGAUUAUUCUGUAGCAGCAAGAAGGGCCAUUUUGCUUUUGUUAUUAAGUCUGGCAGUUUUCAACAAUAGAGAAGUUCAAUCUAUGCUUUCCAACUGAACUAGCUUACUUUGAUAUAAUGAGAAAAGCAAUAAUUAAGGUGUGAAGUUAUGAUUCUUUCUACUUUGCUUCGGCCAGCAGCACAUUACAUUGUGAAGGAAUACGCUGCCAUGAUUUAUUGAAGGGCUGCCUCUUCAUCACUUAGAUGAUUGAU